AUCCGGACGGCUUGCUGAAGGAACCGGGCGCUCGCUGUCAUGUCUUUACUGUUGUGCGGGGUUCGCCACUUUGGCGGCCGGGGUUUCAGGCUCCGGUCCGGUCCGCGCUGCUCCAGGAUCUUCAGUUCUGGCUCUUGGGAAUCGCCGCCGGGCGGUUCUUCCCGUUGGGGUGAUGGUCGGUGGCAGCGAUCGGCGUUCGUCUGGACUGCGGGAGCCACGGCGGUGCUGGCCGGGCUGGGACUGAUGCGGCGGGCGGAGAUGAAGGAGCAGCCUCGGCGGCAGCAGCAGCAGCAACAGCAGCAACAAGUAGAACCGGAAAAGCCGUGGGGAAAGAAGGACGAGGAGGACCUGGCAAGACUGUGCGAGGGCUUCAUGGCUCCUCCGGUGAGCGGGCUGCGAGAGCUGCGCGACCGGCGCGGAGACAUGCGAAGUCGCAUGGAGCUGCUCAUCAUGGAGACGCAGAGCCAGGUGUGCAACGCGCUGGCCCAGGUCGACCGCGGCGCCGCUUUCACCGUGGACCGCUGGGAAAGGAAGGAAGGUGGUGGAGGCAUCACCUGUGUACUUCAAGAUGGCGAAAUCUUUGAGAAGGCUGGUGUCAACGUUUCAGUCGUUUUUGGACAUCUUUCUGAAGAAGCAGCUCAGCAGAUGAGAAGCAGGGGGAAAACUCUGAAGACCAAAAGCGGAAAAUUGCCCUUUUGUGCUAUGGGAGUGAGUUCUGUCAUUCAUCCAAAGAAUCCUUACAUUCCCACUAUACACUUCAAUUACAGAUACUUUGAAAUUGAAGAUGCAGAUGGUGCUAAACAAUGGUGGUUUGGUGGUGGAACAGACCUCACGCCAACUUACUUGAAUGAAGAAGAUGCUAUUCAUUUUCAUAAAACUCUGAAGGAUGCCUGUGAUCAGCAUAAUCCUGAGCUAUAUCCUAAGUUCAAGAAAUGGUGUGACGAAUAUUUUUAUAUCACACACCGUGGAGAACGGAGGGGAAUAGGAGGCAUCUUCUUUGAUGAUUUGGACUCGCCUUCAAAAGAAGAAGUUUUUCAGUUUGUGCAGAGUUGCGCCAAAGCUAUUGUGCCUUGUUACAUUCCCAUUGUGAAGAAACAUUCACAGGACAAGUUCUCACCAAAAGAAAAAUUAUGGCAGCAGAUCCGUAGGGGGAGAUAUGUGGAAUUCAAUCUUGUGUAUGAUAGAGGCACAAAGUUUGGCCUUGCAACCCCAGGAUCAAGAAUUGAAAGUAUUCUUAUGUCUCUGCCACUCACUGCCAGAUGGGAAUACAUGCAUUUACCGCCAGAGAAUUCCAAGGAAGCAGAAAUCCUAGAAGUUUUGCGCCAUCCCAAAGACUGGGCACAGUGAAUAGAAUGCUGGCCAUGUUCAGUGAUGAGGAAAGAACUUGUUCUGCUGCCGACUCCCAAAUCCACCUGUCACUGCAUGGCAGUUAAUGAAUGUUUAUCUAUUCUCUCACCUCAUGCCUUAGGAGUAGUAUUAGAUUCUAUCCUCUGUGAAUGUUCUCUUAGAACCCACCUACUGCUCCUUUGUAGAUUCUUGACCAUUUGUAUUAAUGUAACUGUAAAGAUCUAGUAAGGCAAGAAAUCAUGCACUGAACAACAGACUGUAGUGAAGUGCUGCAAGUUACUGAGGUGUAGACUACAUGUCCCUCUUUCAGAGAUUUAAACACACUUUCAUACUUUUCACAAAAGAAACAAUUGUUGACAGAUUCAGUUCAGCCUUCUGUUGCCUGAGGUCUUUCUGGUUUCUUGCCAAUCAGUUUCCAGUAGAAUGAUUUUUGUAAUUUAAACUGAAAUGCUAGUCCAUCUGAUUUGUAAUCAUCUGUUAAAUUGCAGAAAAAAUGUCUGCAUUGGCUACUAUCAGUUAUGGUGGAACAAAUGGAUAAAUUAUCUUAGUAGCACAGUACUUGACUGUAGGUGAAAUACAGCCCAGCCUUUUAUCAGGGUCCCAAGCUCCUGGUUUUGCAUUUGUAUAGCACUUGGCACCGAGUUUUUAAUGAAAACAAAUUAAAUUUCUGUAGUAAAUUUGAUAAAUGUAAAUUCAUAAAAGUGUAAAUUCAUUAUGUUUGAACAGUUGAACACAUUGGAACUUAAAUUCAGGAAGAGUAUAAGGUAGUAUUGUUCCUCGGGUUACCAAUAUUUUUCUCAUGUACUCUUUUGAAAUAUGUUUCUCAGCAAACAUGUUCGGGAGAAGGUAACAGUCUUAUAUGAAGUGCUAAUAAUCAAUUCUUCAUAAAGUAACUGCAUGUAUGUGCAUAAACAUAUGGUUUUUGCUGAGACAAUCAUAGAGAAGUAUUUCCUUCAGUAAACUAUGUGCUGGGAUAGUCCAAAUUCAAGUUUUAAGAAUUAAGUAAUGGUAAGGACAGAAACAAACUUCUGAGGAACAGAGAUAUCUAAUGCUUAAUUUUGGCCAUUUUUUUUUUUUACAUUUUUGUCAACAGAGACUUAAGUCCCCAGCUAAUCCCAUUAAUAUUUUUUUUGAAGCCAAGUCAAUAAAAAGGGUUUGCAGGAAUCCUGGAUGGAAUUGCAAACUGCUAUAUAUUAACAAUGGUUUAGAAAAAUGUAAAACUCACAUCACAGCUGGAAUAACCAGAUUACCGUACUUGUCAGCAAGCCGCCUGGGUUCACCCUGGUCUGCUUCUAAGGAGAUAAUGGGCUGCAUUAGAAUGAGGUUCUGAAAGAUAUCUUUGAAUCUAAACCAUUGGCUUAAGUUCAACUUUGUGUUUUGAAUAUUGGCAAAGAAUAAAUGAAAAACAACUAACAUUUAAGAAAAUUUUAAGAAAAAGAAGCUCUUCUGGUUUUGUCUACUAGAUAGAUCUUCAGCAUUAUCAGACAGAAACUGAAGGGGGAAAGCCAUGAGUAUCUCUAGACAUUUUCAAUAACUUCUCUAACAUUAAGAAUAGCAAUACAUUCAAAAUUUGUAUGGGUGUUUCCCCAUCUUUAUGAGCUUGAGAAAGUUGAGAUUUUCUUAGUGAACCCAACUUUUUCACACUAUUUCUUCAUUAUUUGUAUGCAUCUUUAAACUUUCUUCAGUGUUUAUUGGUGCAGAAAAAUAAAAAUCUAGAACUAUGGAACAGACGAACAGGCAUUUCAAGCUGUUGCAGACAAUGCUUUAAUGUGAUUGGUAAAUUGCCAGUUAGUGUGCUAAAUAUCUUCCUUACUGUGGGCUCUUCAUGUGGUUUUCUUACAGACUUUUCAUUACCAAGUUAAAUAACAUUACUGCUGGGCAUCAGUGCACUGAUGAUGUUACCUAAAUUGGUAAUGAAAUGUCUAAAAGAAAACCAUCUAGCUCAGAGAGCACCAGAGGACACCCUCCCCAGUUCAAACCUGAGCUGCAAAUAUUCUCUUUGAUCAGAUGUUCCUUAGUUUGAUAUGCUUUUUUCAGCAUCAUGUUCCUAAGAGUGUUGUUAAUUAAAUAUGCAGGAGGCAUUAACAUGAUUACUUUUAAAAUUUUAGACCUCUGAUUUGCAGCAGCAUUUUAAAACAUUGUGUUUCAA